AUGCAAAACACGAACACAAUUCUGCCGAACCCCUUACAUUUGCCACAAGACCUAGCCGUUCCAUUCUUUCUCACUUAUGUCACCGACGUAGGUCGCAGUGUGGAAUCGACACGCGGCUUCAUGGAGUUUGUCCGCCCAGUCCUCGAGUCUGAAAACCCCAGUUCAGCUCUCUUCGCCGCAGUCAACGCCGUGGCGGUCAAAGUGUGGACAAUGAUAGGGCACAAGCACGUUUCCGACUCACUGCCUAUUCAUUUACUUGGUCAAGCGCUCGUGCGGCUGCGCCAGGCGACCAAUGAUCUUGAAGAAAGGGCACGGGACGCAACGGUGCUGGCGGCUCUGGUGCUCCAGAUGCAUGACACUCUAUCCGCUGUGUCCGGUCAAGCCAAGGCCCAUGGCAUGCACCGCGAUGGUGCAUUGGCUUUGCUUUCACAACGAGAUGAUAGCUCCCACAGCUCCAAAUACCAUGCAUAUCUCGUCGGCAACCUCUUACAUUCUAGAGUGUCCCGGUCCGUCAGAAUCGGCAAUGCGUUAUCUUCAAUUGAGCUGGCAUGGCUCAAAACUCAGGUCAUACCUGUUCUGCCUAUCAACCCAAGCUCACUACUCGACAUUAUUGGUGUCUCUAUCGCCAGUCUUCAACACGAUUUCUGCGACCCCUCAGUAACGCUUCGUGCACACCCAUCGAGACUGCAGGAGCUACGCGAGCGAAUUCAAAGGUCAGACAAUCAGCUCCAGAAUUGGCUGGAAAGCAUAGCACCGCUUUGGUACCCGAGAAGAAUGCAGAGCAGGAAAGACAUUGACCCAUGUAUCGAAACGUACCAUGGUGCUUGUGACAUUUACCCAAGCAUCCAGAUCGCGAAUAUCUGGAACACGUGGCGCACUUAUCGCCUUAUCCUCGAACGAACCAAGUCCCGACUCACAAAACUUCUUGCUCUUUCUUGUAAUGGAGCUUCAAGCACAGAGAAUGAAAUAAAUCCCGGAGAUUCGACAUGCGAGGUCAAGGAACUUGUCGAUGCUAUAUGCUAUAGCAUUCCUUUUUAUCUCGGUAAUUGCACUCGGCCCGGAAUCUUGCUCAACAUGGAGAACCCCCACAACAAAUUCCCAAGCUAUCAUGACCUGCCUCCAAGCGAUGAAGCGUUCCUCACCUACACAACGAGUGAUCAAUAUGUGUCGAGAUUCGAUCACUCUUGCCAUGUCAACCUGCACGCCGCCCUCAUCGCCAUCGCCGCCCAGAUCACCCAGGUCCUCGCCGCCGCGGCCGUCGACCACGUCGCAUUGGAAUGCGGCACCUACGUGGCCGCGGCCGAGAUCCGCAAGUGCUUGGAGCACCCGCUGUGCGCCAGCGGCGUGUCCGCCCGCCCCGACAGGGCCAGCCUGGAGAAGUGCGGGUGCUGGUACGGCGGCGACUCCGGCUGCCGGAAGCGGUUCUUGUAG